AGCAGAAGAAGAAGAAGUCCUGUGUUUAGCUUCCGGGUUGCAGUAAGCGUCAGCUUGGAUUAUUUAUUUCGCCGCAAAAGUGAAGUUUUCCCGCAGUGGAAAAAUUGCGUUUCUUUGUAAAGUGGUGCGGCGAUGGCAGGACAGUGAGGCCAGUCUGCGGGCGGACCAGCUGCGGUGUGAUGGAGCGACCGGCCGGACAGCCGCAGGCCGGCGAGGGAGGACUGAGGAGGACGGGAGGCAAGGAGUGGAGGGAGGUGGGCUGUCAGAGCGACGCCGCCGAGAGGAGAGAUGCUGCGGUCCAGGUCGACCUGCUCAACCCGACAGCUCGUCACGUUGUGAUGUGGCAGUGUGUUGAUGUUACGGCGAAUCGGCCAGCAGGGGGCGCUCUGAACACAGCCCUGACUUCAGCCCACCGGCCAGUCCCUACUACCGUAACCAAACCUGUGUCACCACACUGGACGCCCCUCAACGCCCCGCGACCCGCCGCCACCGCCGCCGCCGCCGCCGCGCUGGAGCCGAGCGCCUGCAGGAAGAAGAUCCUCGUCCUCAACAAAGGAGGCGGGAGGCGGGUCCUGCUGGUGAUGGACUCCGCCCACCUGCAGACCGCCUCACCAGCGGCGGCUGCGGGGGCUCCAGCAGUUCGAGCUGAGGUAGCCAAGCGACCGAGCCUGCAGGUGGCGCCGCGCGUCCGAGCGGCAGCGACGACUCCGCAGACCAAGGAGGCCGCGAGUCGCCGGUUCCCUCAGUCGCUGAGCGUUCAGCACAUCAGCUCUGCGGCGCCCCGGCUGUCCCGCCCUCCUAACCCUAACCUGGCGGUCACAGCUGGCAGGCCGCCGGAGGCCACCCGGGACAAUCUAAACCCCGCUCAGUCAUCGCCACCAAGCGCUCCCCCGCCCGGCAGGAACAAGAUCCUGGUGAUGAGCGUGGCUGGCAGGCAGGUCCUGCUGGUGAUGAACGCCUCUCAGCAGCUCCCGCCUCUCCUGCAGCACCACCCCACCGCCGCCGCCACUGCCACCGCCACCGCCACAAAUCAAUCACACCUGUCUCCACAGCCGUCGGCCGAUCACCGCCCCCUCAGAGACCGCCUCGCACCCGGUGCCCCCUCCCUCCCUGCCGCCCCGCCCCCGUACGUCUGUGAGUUCUGCGGCCUGCGCUACGCCUCCGUCGCCACCCUGCGGCAGCACCGGCGGCACAUCCACGGCGCCGCCGGCGUCUUCAUCUGCCGGGUGUGCGGGAAGGGGCUGAGCUGCAGGCGGCAGCUGGCGCACCACUCACUGCUGCACCGCGGACACAAGCUCUACUGGUGCCGGCUGUGCGCGCGCUCCUUCAGCCACCUGGGGCCGCUGCGGCAGCACCGCCGCCGCCUGCACCGCCACAGCUGCCACGGCGGCUCGCACUGAGACAGCAUCUGCAAAAAGAAAAGAAAAAAAAGAAAGAAAUACCCUGUGAAAAUAAAAAAAAAUGAAAAGUUUGAUUUUA